CAAUGGCGCAGGGUCCCCCGGGUGGCGUUAUCGGGAUCCUUGGAGGUGUCGUUGCCAUCGGACUCAUCGUCGGCGUGGCUGUUACUGUUUUCAUGGUCCAUCGGCGGCAGCAGAAGACCCGCACUGAGACAGAUAAUGACCUGACCGACCUCCCACCCGCCCACAAGCCAGCCCCGCCUCCGCCCAAAAAGAAGAACAGCGACAUGAAGGGACACUUGACAUCCGAUGACAUCCAGGUUGUUCAUCUCGACAAGGACGAGGAAAUGCAGAAGCUUCCUCUUCAGCCUCCUUAUUACGACAUGGCGCCCUCCGAGUCGACCCCCUUCACUGAUAAGCCGGACUCAGGGAUGCGUCCAGAAGAGCUGUUGAACCCGGCUGAAUACAUGAGCUACCAGCGAGUCUGCAACAUGGAACCCUUCCCCGAGUCUCAGCCCGCUCCGACCUUCCCACCCACUACUUUCUUGCCUCAGCACCCCUACGCGCAGCACCCACCCAACGAGCCCACGUACUCCAACACGAGCUUCCCCGCCCCCGGCCCCGGAGCCCCGUUCACGUUCCCCAAGGAGCAAUCCGUGUGACACAACACGUGCAACUCCCGGGUCUGCAAGAGGCGGCGUGAUAGUGCCGCAAACGCUUCAUGGGGAACGAAGCUCCACUGAACGGAUGUGCAUCCACUCCCACCUCGCUUCUGUGUGUUCUGAAAGCUUAAAACGCGUGAAAAUAAUUUCUAGCUCUGAAUCCCCCAGUGUAUUGUGCACCGCUUGCUCCACUGAGGCUGUCUGUAGGAACCCACUCACCUGUGUGAUGUUAGCUAAACCACCAACUGCCCUCUCCCACCACCCUUCUCCCCUCUCGAGUGCCCACUCAUCCUGUUUGUUUCUGAUUGCUUCCUCACCUUUUGGAUAUUUUGCUUUUUUGCUAAUCGUCUAAACAGUGUACAGAACAUUGUAUCACUCAGAAUGCAUUUUUUUUUUUUUGUCUUUCUUAUUUAUUUUUAUUUUUUUACAUUUCCCACAGUGGUAGUGACCUUUUAUAGCAACGUGCUUCUUUUGUUUGUUUUCUGUUUGUCUGUCAAUCAUAUGCUUGCUUCUUUGAAAGUCAUGUACUGUAUGUGUGAUCGAGUGUGUUCUGGUGAAAAAAACAAACAAAUUCCAUUUGAUUUGUAAAGCUAAUUAUCAAUCUAUAAUGACAUGGACCCCUUUAAUGACAAUUAAUGACAGGGUUGUUACGUGAAGAUGUGAAUUGGCAGUCUCAACUGAAUCCUCCAUUACUUUUCAUAAUGGCUUUGCUGUUAUGGAUUUUGACUGGAUAUUUCGGACUUUUGGAAGCGAAUGUUAUCCUCAUUAGCUAUGAAGAAAAAAAGGGCUUGAGAUCAAACAGUAUCUACUUUCUUCUAUUUCUCCAUGUAUUAUUAUCCAUCCAUCCAAGGUAUUAUUAUUAUUAUUAUUAUUAUUAUCAGAUAACAGUAGUUGCCAAAGACAUAUAGUUUCAUUCAUUUUUUGUCCGUUUGCUCUCACGCCAGCGUUUACAUGAAAACUACCUUGUUCGAUGGGAAAUAAAUAUAGUUGAUUGGCAACGUGCUACACUUUCCCAGUUUACAUCAUUCGUUUGCCAUAUGCUGUAUUUUUCCAUAUCUGUAUGUGACGACCUGAGUUCCUCACGGAGGUUGGUUUGAGGUCCUUUGCGUUGUCGGCCCUUCCUGUUUGUGAAGAGUUAUCAACCGACAGGAGUUGUUCUUAAUGCAGGUGCAAUAGGCGAAGACAAUCACAUACUUGGGUUGUCCUGGGGAAAGAAAAGAAAACAGUUAACAUAGGUCUACUCGUACCUAAAGGGAAAACUUUUUCCAAGGACAGCCCACACGUUAAAACAAAUAUCUUUUUGAAUAUGAUUUGUACUAAUAUAGCCUGAAGAGUUUCAAAUCAGUCGAAGAAACACUGAAGAGAAAAGCUUGCUACUGUAUUUUUUUAUAGAAUGCUUAGUUAUAUACGAUAGCACUGCACUUAUUUUCAGAGUCCAUGUUACACUGUGACUGUUCAUUUCGAACCAUAUAUAAGCUAAUGUGCUUGAUGAGCCAAUUUCUGGAUACUGCCUCCUACACACCAGCCCUCUAGACACAGCAAAUUUGCAUAAACUGAAAGUUCACUUCUUUUUUUUGCCAUGUCAAAUGUAGGUUUGGAAAAAAAAAAUAAUGGAAAGAAAAUACUUUGUGUUUGUGCUCAAUGUGAAAAAAAAAAAAAUCCUUGAGGUGUUGAAGGUUAUUUAGUGUUUACUCUUAAUGGUGGUUAAUGGGAUAGAGUAAAACUUGUGAGACUUUCUCCCGUGCUCACCUUGUUGUCUUGCGAUGGCUCGAUAUGUGUGCUAGCAUUUAGUUUAAGCAGUGGUCUCUGGUUCAACCCGCUGAAGGAGUUUGAUAUUGCUGUACCUGCUGUGUGAUAAAACACUGAAAACACUACUUUGUCUUUUUGUGACACAUUUACUAUUCAUGAAAUCCUUCCUUUUCAUAAUUAUUAUUAUCAUUAUUAUUAUGUGUAAGUGCUACUACUUGCUAAAAAGGAUGCUGACAAUAGCAUUUACAUGUAUUCAUUUUCACUGUUGAAUCCUUAUGUUUUCAGUCACAUGUCAUUACUUCUAGUGUCCUGAUGAUAAUUGCCAUGUUUGUUUUCACCCUUGUUUUGUAAGACUGUAACAUUUAGUUUUUAUUUUUUUAAACAUAAGCAUAUAUAAAGACCUACAGCACAUUUCUUUUUGACAUUUAUUGUAUAUUUGUCAAAGGAUAAUACCUGAAUAAGUAUUAGGGUAAUGAGCUGUUUUUUUUUUGCUGAGAUAAUGAAAAGAUGUUUUUUUUUAUUUGUUUGAUGUAAAUAUUAACAAUGUAUCUGAUGUGUGAAAAAAAUCAAGUCAUGCAGUUUAACAUUAAACUUCACA